ACACUUUAAGAUCUUUACACGUGUAUCCAAGAACAUGGAAAUUACUUUUCGCUUUGAUGAAACCGACAGAGCCGCCGUUACAAUUAACGUUCCGUCUGGUGGUGGAUUCACAGUUAACUUUAACCCUGUUGCCCGACUCCUACCACCUUCUGGAUCCCAUGUUCAUCCACAGGCUCCUGGUGGGUUCACAAUUAACGUCAACCCUAUUGGCCUACCCGUACCACCUGCGAAUGGUGGAUUAAACGUCAACGGAACCGAUGUUCAUCCUGAAAACCCUAAACUCUCUGAUCCAUCUAUGAAAAUGGCUAACCCUAGAGUUUUCUUUGAUAUGACCGUGGGCGGCAAACCAGCUGGUCGGAUCGUGAUGGAGCUCUUUGCCGACACGACACCACGGACGGCAGAGAACUUCCGUGCCCUCUGUACGGGGGAGAAAGGCAUUGGCAAGUUUGGUAAGCCACUCCACUACAAGGGAACAAUCUUCCACAAGGUAUUUCCCAAUUAUACCUUGUGUGGAGGAAAUAUCAUUGGUGGCCGGGAGGAACCAGGAGGCGAAUGUAUCUACGGAAGUAGGUUUUUUGACGACGAGAACUUCAUCAAGACGCACAGCGGUCCAGGUAUCCUCACCAUGUGGAAUUGUAGAGAAAACACCAACGGAUCUGAGUUCAUGAUCUGCUUGAGGAGGAUCGAGGAAUUCGACGGCGGGUGCGUCGUGUUUGGCCAAGUGGUUGAGGGAAUGGAUGUGAUUCAGAACAUUGAGAAAGAGGCCGGCCGACCUGAUCAUAGCGGCGUGCCUAAAAAGCUCGUGGUGAUCGCCGACUGCGGUCAAAUUUCCUAGGUCUCGGAGAUUUUUAUCCUUUUGUUUUCAUGUUUUGUGUGUCUUCGUUCUUGGUGUGUUUCACUCUAGUUUGGAUUAGCUACCAUCGAAUAAGAAUAAGGAAUGAUACCACCAUAAAUCGUUAGCUAUUAUUGCUACUACUAGAACGAACUUCCAAAGGAUGUUUUGAGCGUUGUUAUAAUCACAAGUGUUUUUAAUGAUGGUUCUUAUUAGAGUCACAUCUUUAGCUUUAGGCCGA